AUGGCGGUGGGGGAGGCGCUGCGGCGGCUCUGCGAGGAGGUCGGGUGGUCUUACGCCGUCUUCUGGAAGGCCAUCGGCGCUGCUGACCCCGUGCAUCUAGUGUGGGAGGAUGGCUACUGUGGCCACGCAUCUUGUCCAACUGGAUCUGAGGCUUUUGAGGUUGGCUGUGAAUCAGGUGGCACUGUGUGCACCCUAGUUAGGAAGGUUAUGGCAUCGCAGGUUCAUGUUGUUGGAGAAGGUACCAUCGGCCAUGCUGCUUUUACUGGGAGUCAUCAGUGGAUUAUCCAUGAUACUGCCAAUGAUCACAGGCUCAGAUCCGAGGUUGCUGCUGAGAUGAACUAUCAGUUCAGAGCUGGCAUUCAGGUUAGUAGAAUUUCGCCCUUGCAUGGUAGAUUAUUUACUGACUUUUUAACUUCUGAUCUCUUAAUAAUUUAUACUUGUUCUGUUGUUCCGCAGACUAUUGCAAUAAUUCCUGUGUUACCACGUGGUGUACUACAGCUAGGCUCUACUAGUGUGGUUAUGGAAAAUACAACUUAUGUGCUUCAGUAUAAGAAGCUGUGUUCUCAGUUAAACAAUCGAUCAAGUAUGGUUGCAUCUACUUCAGCUAAAAAUGAUUCUAGCCAGAAGGUCCAGUCACGCUCUUCACAUGGUCUUCUGAGUGUCUACCCUACAGAUGGUUGCUCAAAAGCCUUCAGUGGUUCUCCAGCGACUUAUGAACAAUGCUAUGUUCCUGAUGCGACGGCAGUGUCAAGUAGUGCAUCAGUAAACAUAGGGAGAAAAGCUUCCUUGCUUAAGGUGGCACAGAGAAAUGGUGAAGCUAUCAGAGACCACAGUUUAUAUGCUCCUGAUGUGAGGUUCAGACGACAAACUCCUUACUGUGACCGGAGAGUUGAAAGCACCACACAAAGCAGUGUGGUUAGCUCAGAUUUUCUCUCUUCUACCUCAACAUCAGCAGAAAAGCAUCCACUGUUGAUGAAUGAUGGACAAUUGGGAAUGGGAAACAUGGAAGAGGCGUCUGAUACCAGAAAUCUUCUGCUAAAAUCUCUUGCAUUCCGGAACCUGCCUCCAUCCCAUGGAGGGGGUGAGGUGUUAGAUUUUCUAAACAGUCAUGGAAACUUUGAUUUUCUCCCUGAAGGUAAUAGCAUAGUCAAGUCUAACUUCCAUGACUGCUCAGCAAGUCAACUAUUAGACCAAAGAUGUAACUCUACUUCUGGGAUGAUAGGGCACAAACCGGCUAUUUCAUAUAAAACCCCCCAAUCUGCUCAAUUCAUUAUGAGAAUGGGGAGUCCCAAAAGAAACUCAUGUCAUGUUGUUGCAGCUCCAUCCUCUGGCUCCGAAGUUCAAACUUCUAGUGAAUUUAAAACAGACAUUUCUCAAGAUAAUCAAGUGGAUAUUUCGGAUCGUGUUUACCAAAACAGAAAGGCUAAAGAAGUAAAUGACUCCAGUUUUGCUGUAAGAAUACAAGGUUUGAAGAAUAUGGAUCGGCAGAAGCUCCCAGACGUUUCAAGUGAGCGAUCUUCCUCACUUCUUGUGGAUCCAACUGCAGGAAAUGAUUUGUUUGAUAUAUUUGGUGCUGAAUUUCCUCAUCUGUGCCGCAAUGUGGAUGGCGAUUCGACCUGGAACACUGCAAAACCGGCUAGCUCAGGAAAAGAUGCACUUGAAUCCUCAGUUUAUCUCGAUACCUCUCCAGUAUUUGGUGCACUGGACGAUGAGUUCCCCUUUUCUGGAAUCUUCUCACUAACUGAUAGUGACCAAUUAUUGGACGCAGUUAUCUCCAGUGUCAAUCCUGGUGGCAAGCAGAUCUCUGGUGACAGUGCCUCUUGCAGGACUUCAUUGACAGACAUGCCUAGCAGCUCUUAUUGUGGCUCAAAAGUGAUGAAGCAACACGAAUCAUCUGGUGCUCCUCCUUUGCUAGUCAAGGAUGAGUUGGCUGUAUCAAAUUUUGUUAAACAACCAAGUUUCCUAGAGAAGACCGAGGAUGGUUGUCUUUCCCAAAACAAUGGAAUGCACAAAUCUCAGUUACGCCUUUGGAUCGAGAGUGGACAUAACAUGAAGUGUGAAAGCGUGUCAGCCUCAAACAGCAAAGGUCAUGAUACACCAAACAAGGCAAAUCGAAAGAGAUCUCGACCAGGAGAGAGUUCUAAGCCCCGGCCAAAAGACCGUCAGCUUAUUCAGGAUCGUAUAAAGGAGCUCCGGGAACUUGUACCUAAUGGUGCAAAGUGUAGCAUUGAUGCUUUACUGGAAAAGACCAUCAAGCACAUGGUUUUCUUGCAGAGUGUGACAAAGCAUGCUGACAAUCUCAAAGAUUCUAAUGAAUCUAAGAUACUUAGCGGUGACAAUGGUCCUCUUUGGAAAGACUACUUUGAGGGUGGUGCAACUUGGGCCUUCAACGUCGGCAGUCAAUCUAUGACAUGCCCAAUCAUAGUUGAGGAUCUUGACCGGCCUCGUCAGAUGCUUGUGGAGAUGAUUUGUGAUGACAGAGGAAUCUUCCUGGAAAUAGCCGACUUUAUCAAAGGUCUUGGACUAACCAUCUUGAGGGGUGUGAUGGAAGCACGCAAAAAUAAAAUCUGGGCACGAUUCACUGUUGAGGCCAACAGGGACGUGACUAGAAUGGAGAUUUUCCUCUCACUCGUGCGCUUGUUGGAACCCAGUUGUGAUGGGAGUGGAUCAGGAGAGAACCAAGAAAAUGGAAAAAUGCCUCUUGAGAUUGCGCAGCACCAGAUUAUCCCAGCGACAGGCCACCUUAGAUGA